GUUGCUGCAUGGAGGGCGAAUCGGACAGUGCACAUUAACAGCAAAUGUGCCAGAACCUUUGCUGCCGCCGUCCACGUCCAUCUACGACCAUGCAGCCUGCCGUGGUGUCCCUGGUUGUCUUCCUGUCGGUUUGCAGCAAUUCUCAAUCGAACGGUUUUCAUCUCAUCCUCCCUGAAGAAUCUACAAUUGCCGUCUCCAGUGCCCGAAGCUUCCCGGUUGCUGCAUUCCCCCUGGCCCUCGCCAUCAUCGGUCCUCUGGUCGCGGUGUUCUUCGGCAGCCUGAAGCCCCUGCUCCUGUCCUUCGGCGUCUUUUACUUGUUCCUGUUCGCCCUCACCUUCGUCCCAACACUGAGCGCCAUCGUGCAGUCUGGUUUCCGCGCCUUCGGCAACACUUUGGCGGCAGCCGUACCUCCAACCGCCGGUGAAGAUCUUCUCAAGGCUGUGGGACUUGAUGGUGAAGAAUGCCGCACUAGAGCAGUGUGCGAGAUCACGGAAGACGCUGUUCAACGGUAUCCCACCCUCGCCGCCAUGCUGAGGUCGCUGAGUGGUGCCGUCAUGGCUCGAGAUGGCUCGAAGUACGUGCUCAAAGGACUUCUGGGAGGUCUAUCAGGACUUGGGUGCGAGUCGCUCUACGCCACCUGCAAGCAGUCUCCUUUCGAGAGGGUUAUGAAAAUUAUGUCCGUGAAAGCUGUCUGAACCCGUUUAGCUGGUCGACCCUUUUACGAGUUCCGCCUGUUAUUGUUAAUAAAAUAUGCGUCAUAAUUGCACCUCUUUGUAUUGUCUCCGUGCGAGCGCUUUCAGGCGACCUUGGCCUUUGUGCCAUGGGUAUUUGCGCAAUUUAGCUCGAACCCCGCAAGGAUUGACCGAUCUCACCAGUCAGAGUUCGAGACGGGCUGAGUGGUCUCAUGCAUGCGCC